UUUAAACCACACUCCCCCUCAGCAAACCCAUCUCUCUCUCUCUCUCUCUCUCUCUCUUUCAAACCCUGAGAAACUCACCAUCUCUCUCUCUCUGUUCUGUUCUGUCUCUCUCUCUCUGUUUGUCUCUUGUUUCCUAUCUCCCAAACUAAUCAUGUGUAGAGUAAGUUCAUCAUCAUCAUCAACAACUGUUCCAAGUUGUGAAUGCAACUCAGACCAACCAUACCUGAUCUCAAUCAAAGAUGAUGACUCACAACUAGUUGUAAAGCAACUACAACAAGAAAAUAAACUUUACACUCAUUUGCUACCUAAAUUCUCAAAACAAAAUGAUCAAGUAGCAGUUUCGAACAAGACCCAUGUUGCAUUAGCGUUUACAGAAUGCAGAUCUAUAGCAAACAUAGCAUUACCAAUGAUACUCACUGGGUUAUUGUUGUAUUCUCGUUCAAUGGUGUCAAUGCUUUUUCUGGGUUAUCUUGGCGAGUUAUCCUUGGCUGGUGGUGCUUUAGCUAUUGGUUUUGCCAACAUCACUGGUUAUUCCAUCCUUUCUGGUUUAGCUAUGGGAAUGGAACCCAUUUGUGGUCAAGCUUACGGAGCUAAAAAGCUUCACUUGCUUGGUCUCUGCUUGCAGAAAACGAUUUUGAUGCUAUUAUCAAUUUCAGUUCCAAUUGGAUUUCUCUGGUUGAAUAUGAAAAAAAUUCUCAUCUUUUUUGGUCAAGAUGAAGAUAUAUCAAGUGAAGCUCAAUUAUACAUUUUAUAUACACUCCCUGAUCUUUUCCUUCAAUCCAUACUCCAUCCGUUGAGAAUCUAUCUCCGUUCGCAAUCGAUAACUCUUCCGUUGAGUUACUGUGCUACUUUCGCAAUCAUUCUUCAUGUGCCCAUCAACUAUUUCCUUGUUUCGUAUCUUGGUCUGGGCAUUAGAGGUGUUGCUCUGAGUGGAAUUUGGACUAACUUCAAUCUUGUUGGAUCUUUAAUCAUCUACAUUAUCGUCUCCGGCGUGUAUAAAAAGACAUGGAACGGUUUGUCAUCGGAAUGUUUAAAAGAAUGGCAAUCACUUCUAAAUUUAGCAAUUCCGAGUUGCAUUUCGGUUUGCUUAGAAUGGUGGUGGUACGAAAUCAUGAUUUUGCUUUGCGGUUUAUUGAUUAAUCCAAGAGCAACAGUUGCAUCAAUGGGCGUUCUGAUUCAAACAACUUCUCUAAUCUACAUUUUCCCGUCGUCACUAAGUUUCGCCGUGUCGACAAGAGUUGGAAACGAAUUAGGCGCAAAUCAACCAAAAAAAGCGAGAUUAGCAGCUCUAAUGGGUCUAUGUUGUAGCUUCUCAUUGGGUUUUUCAGCUCUAAUUUUUGCAACAAUGGUGAGAAAUGUAUGGGCAAGUAUGUUCACAACAGAUUUAGAGAUAAUCAAAUUAACAGCAAUGGUGUUGCCUAUAAUUGGAUUAUGCGAAUUAGGUAAUUGUCCACAGACAACCCUUUGCGGGGUUUUACGGGGCACGGCGAGACCGAAAAUCGGUGCUAAUAUCAAUCUAGGCGCAUUCUAUUUAGUUGGAAUGCCAGUAGCUGUUGGAUUAAGCUUUUACUGUGGAUAUGACUUUAAAGGAUUAUGGUUUGGAUUAUUAGCAGCACAGAGUUCUUGCGUUGUGUUGUUGCUGAUUGUUUUGGGAAGAACAGAUUGGGAAUUACAAGCUAUAAGAGCUAAAGAAUUAACUAAAAAUUCUCCUGUUCUUGGUGAUAAUGACGAUGAUGAUGAUACUAAUGACAUUGUCAAAGAAACAAGAGAAGAAGAGAAAAAGAUGAUGACAGAUGAUAUUAAGAAGGAUUUGUCGACUCCGUUAAUUACGAAUAAAGACGAUCAAUUAUCAUUGGUUUAACUCAAAGAAUUUUAACGUUUUCACUCGAUUUUGUAAAAAGGAUUUAGGAUUGGAUUAGUACUGAUCAUAGUAAUUUGUUUGCUGUUAUACGAAAAAAAACACUUGAGAGGAGGAGGAGCUUAACUUUUUGAGCUCUGUUUGGUUCUUGGGGUCUUUUUUCUUUUUUUGACUUUUGGAUUGUAAUUAAAGAAGAAACAAAAAGUGAGAAAUUAUAAAGUUGCUAAUAUUUUUAUUUCAUAUUUU